UUCUGUCAGGGAACACAUGGUGGAGGACCCAAACGCACAGCGCAGACACGACGUGAGGUUUCAGAGGUUUUAUUAUAGCUCUUGGUCGGACAGGCAGAGGUCGGUACAUGAGAAAGCAAGGACCCGGAGACCCACUCAAAACAACAAUACAGGCAAAGGACUGGUACGACAGGACUUACGAAAUGCUGGAAGGCUGAACAGGUGAAUGAACAAACAAUCUGGCAAAGCAAAGGUGUAGGUGCAGGGGUACAAAUAACCAACUAAUGACUAAUGGAAGGCAGGUGGUGAAAUCACAUGACUGGAUGGGCAGAACAAACACAAAACCGGACGUGAUACCAAAAUAAAACAGGAAGUGGUGACACAUGACUAGAAAGUAAACAAAAACUAAGGCAGACAGGAAACAAGCCAGGAAAUACCAAAAUAAGACUGGAAACUAAGCACACACAUGACCAAAAUGCUGGAUCUAUGACAGGUAAACCACAGUACAACAGUUGUUUAGUUAUGAAUGUGUUAGCCUAAGGUACAUCCCUGCUUAUUUUUUUUGCACCGAUUGUUUACUUAACAGAUUUGCUUGGUUUCAGCAGCUGGUUGCACCCCUACAUCCAGCCACCCGCACACGCCCCCUAAAGCAGAAACUUAACCUGUCCACCAACACAGCAACAUCACACAUAUUUGGGAUUGGCUAAAUAAACCAUUAAAUAAACCAUAAAUCAAGAAGAGUAUAUAAAUUUAUAUAUACCCCUCUUGUUAAAGCAAAGCUGUCCAUCACAAUAUGCUUGUUAAACUGCUCGACAAAACAAAAGAAAAGAAAAAAAAAAAAAAAGAAAAACAAUGGCGGAGAGAGCAGUUGCGCUCCAUCAGGCUGGCUCCGCCCCUAUCAGCCUGGCCCCUAGCCUGACCAUUGCUGGAGCAGGUACUGUACAGAGGAAACCAGGAAGCACUAGUUGUAGUCUAUGGGCGCAGGGCAAUCAAUCCAAAUGAUAAUUUUUCUCCACAGAAAAUAUGGAGCAACCUUUAUACUAGAGUAAAUACUACAACAUUGUUUCAGUCAAUCCCCAUCGGUAAAAUAUUGCUUUAAAUCAUUAUUUCAUCCCAAGAAACAGGAAGACCUGAUGUUAUUUCCAGACAAAAUUUAGAGAAAGUCAUUUAUGAAACAAAACUAGUCUUAGACACCUUCAACUAAUCCAGAAUGUUGAUGCCAGAGCUUAAAACAAGAACCAGGAGAAUUUAGCCCAGCACUCCUUUUCUUUAGGUACUCUAGUUGUCAGGAAACGGCAGAGGGAGGACCCAAAUGCACAGUGCUGAGACGGCCGACAGAUGGUGGAAAUUGAAUGGCACUGAAAUCAAUCCCAAAUCUGGAUCUCACUACAGCCUUUCUGGAGGUAACCUCAGAAUCAGCCACCUGAACAAAGAUCAAGAUGCUGGAACAUAUCAGUGCCUCGCCUCCAACUCUUUUGGGACCAUUGUCAGCCGAGAGGCCAGUCUAAGCUUUGCAUACUUAGAAAACUUCAAGACCCACAGAAGAAGCUCUGUAUCAGUCCGUGAAGGCCAAGGCGUGGUUCUGCUAUGCGGUCCCCCACCACAUUCUGGAGAUCUGACAUUUUCUUGGAUUUUUAACGAGUACCCAACUUUUGUGAACCAGGACAAUCGUCGCUUUAUCUCACAGGAGACAGGGAAUCUAUACAUUGCCAAAGUGGAGCCCUCUGAUGUUGGCAACUACACCUGUGUGAUAAGCAACACUGUCACAAAGAACAGAGUCCAGGGCCCAUCUACUCCUUUAGUGCUUCGCAGUGAUGGCAUGAUGGGUGAAUAUGAGCCAAAAAUUGAAGUUCAGUUCCCAGAGAUUGUUCAUAUUGCCAAAGGAUCCACUGUCAAACUGGAGUGCUUCGCUCUGGGAAACCCAGUGCCAUCUAUAAGCUGGAGAAGAGUCGAUGGUGUACCUUUCCCCAGGAAAGUGGACAUGAGGAAAGCCAGUGUUGUCCUAGAAAUACCAUAUUUUCAGCAGGAGGAUGCCGGCAUGUACGAGUGUGUGGCCGAGAACUCCAGGGGAAUGAACACAGUAAAAGGAAAGCUCUCUUUCUAUGCCCCUCCACAUAUUAUUGAAAAACCUCAAGAUGUCCAAAAACUCAUCGAUGACUCAUUGGUUUGGGAGUGCAAAGCCACAGGGAAGCCAAAGCCUUCGUACAGGUGGAUGAAGAACGGCGAGAACUUGGAGCCUACUGUGGAACGUGUACAGGUUGCCAAUGGAGCUUUGUCAAUCAGUCGACUGACCCUGUCCGACACCGGAAUGUACCAGUGUGUGGCUGGGAAUAAGUAUGGCGAGGUGUACUCUAAUGCAGAGCUCAGAGUUAUAGCUGUUGCCCCCGAUUUUUCUCACAAUCAACUGAAAAGCCAGACACUGGUGAAGGUGGGAGGAGAUGUGCUCAUUGAGUGCAAGCCCAAGAUGUCUCCUUGGGGUGUGAUUUUUUGGCGGAAGGGCAGUGAGCCACUACGAGAAAAUAACAGGGUCACUAUUCUGGACAGCGGCAGCCUUCGGAUAUGGAAUGCAACCAAAUCUGACGCAGGCCUCUACACCUGUGUGGCAAGAAACCAAUUUGGGGUGGCAAGCAGUACAGGAAGCAUCACAGUUAAAGAGCCAACCAUCAUCACCAGCCUGCCUUCUACACUUGAUGUCACUGUUGGGGAGAGUGUAGUCCUUCCCUGUCAAGUGAGCCAUGAUCCAUCUCUGGAGCUUAAGUUUACCUGGUUCUUCAACGAGCAGCUCAUUCGUUUCGGAAAUCAUGGUGGAUUUUUCGAAAAGGUUGGAGGUCAGCAUUCAGCAGGGGACAUUAUGAUUCGAAACAUCCAACUGAAGCACGCAGGAAAAUACACAUGCGCCGUGCAAACAAAGGUGGACAGCAUUUCCAUUGCUGUGGACUUGGUUGUCAGAGGUCCUCCAGGGCCUCCCACUAGCAUCAAUGUAGAAGAAAUCACUGAUACCACAGCUUCUCUCUCCUGGAGGCCUGGUCCUGAUAAUCACAGUCCAAUUACGGCAUACACCAUUCAGGCCAGGACACCAUUUUCCCUCGGGUGGCAGGCUGUCACCACAGUUCCUGAGGUGGUGGGGGGCCACCGGCUGACAGCUACAGUAAUAGUUCUGAACCCUUGGGUGGAGUAUGAGUUUCGAGUUCUGGCAAGCAACACCAUUGGGACCGGUGAGCCCAGCAAACCAUCCAAACAAGCAAGGACAAAGGGGACCACUCCAAAGGUCACACCAGCUAAUGUGAGCGGGGGAGGUGGCACUCGUUCUGAAUUAGUCAUCACUUGGGAGCCUGUUCCAGAAGAGCUGCAAAACGGACCAGGGUUCGGCUAUGUUGUGGCCUUCCGACCCCACGGUGCCACAGGAUGGAUGCAAGCUGCCGUUCCAUCUGCUGAAGCUUCCAAAUAUGUCUUUAAAAAUGAGAGCAUCCAGCCAUUCUCACCUUUUCACGUAAAGGUUGGGGUUUACAACAAUGAGGGUGAAGGCCCGUUUGGACCAGUUACCACUAUCUACUCUGCUGAGGAAGAGCCUGGCCGAGCGCCCACCAGGGUCCGUGCAAAGAGCCUCUCUGCAUCCAAGAUUGAAGUUUCAUGGAAAGCUCUGCCCUGGAAUACCAGCAAGAAAAGAGUGCUGGGUUAUGAGCUGAAGUACUGGAGCAGAAAUGAACGUGAAGAAAUGGCUAGUGUGCAAAGAACAGUAGGAAAUCAAACAUCUACUAUUAUCCAUGAUGUGAAAGGCAGCAUCACAUAUUACAUCUCAGUGAGGGCAUAUAACACUGCUGGAACAGGACCCCCCAGCACCAUUGUCAAUGUUACCACAAAAAAACCACCACCCAGUCAGCCACCAGGUAAAGUGAUGUGGAACACAUCAAACUCCAAGAUCAUAUUGAACUGGGAGCAGGUCAAAGCAUUGGAGAAUGAGUCUGAGGUCACUGGUUACAAAGUGCUUUACAAAAAUCGGCACAGCCGUCCCAGCAUCAUGGAAACCAACACGACAUCGGUGGAGCUUGCAUUGCCCACUGAUGAGGAUUAUAUUAUACAGAUAAAGUCUUUUGGAGAGGGAGGGGAGGGCAGCAGUAGCAGGCAAAUCACCAUUCCAAGGAUACCAGGCACUAACGCAGUCGGCUCAGCAUCCAAGGUCUCCACUCUAUCAGCUCUCAGCACAAUAGCACUGUCUUUCACAGCGCGGACAUCUUUAUGACAAACAGCUACAGUAGACAUUGCAUUUGACGUGGAAACAGCUCUAUGGCAAAACGCAAACACAGCCCACUCUGGUGUAACUAGAUCCAUCCAUUUAGAUUGUAGAGGCACAAGGAUGAAGAUCGGGAAAAAAUAAAAACCAUGUCAUUGAGAUGACGAGGGAAGACAUUGCCUUCAUCAUCCGGGCAAAGUAAGGAAGAUUGACCGAUGUCGUGACUAUGUUGUUACCAAAGCAGCUUUAAUAAGAAAACAAUUAAGAGAAAAAGUCUUAUGUAUAUGCAUUUUUUUGUAUUACAUGUUGGACUGUUGUAGUUUUUUUUAAUCAAUUUGAACUCACUCUGGGCUUUUAACUGCACAAAUAACAUAUUCAAAUAUUUCACAGUGGAGAUCAAGAAUGCGGUUUAACCGAGCACUUUUUAUGUUCUAAAAUAAAACAUGACUGGUAACUAACAGAAGAUAAGAGUAGCUUUUUUUUCUUUAAAUGAAUGCGCAACAACUCUCACGCAUUUUAAAUGGACUGCAGCAACAUGUUGGGUGUUAUCCAUUACUCAGCAUAAAACAAGUGAAGAGAGGAUUAGCAUAUAAAAUCAGCACAUGCUAAAGGCUAUAUCAUGCUGUCAACUUGCACUUGGACAUAGACACAUAAUGUUAGACUUUCCAGAUAAUAUAAUGGCAAUGGUAGCUAGUAAACAUUAGCAAGAACAAAAGUUCCUUUGUCAGUUACACUACAAACAAUAAGCAAAAGAGAAUUGGCAAACUGAGAGUUCUGGGGCGCUUCAGAAAAACAAAUUAAAAGAGCAUUAAUUCUUAUUUGCAUUGUACAAUCUGGGGCUGGAUUCAUUUUCAACAUAAAAUACAAUAUCCUUUGUGCUUUAGUUAGUUUGACCCACAACACUCAGUCAGUCAGCUUUGGAUCUACUGUAUGAGACCUGUACUUCAGUUCACUCUUAAACUGGAUUUGGAGCGAUGCAGAAGUUUACAUGUUGGAUCCUAUAAAUGAAACACACCUUUGAAAAGUAUAAAUUAGCCAUCAUGCAAUUCAAAUGUCAAUAAUCAAACAUAACAAAAGUAUGAUAAAUAUCCAUUUGAAUUUAGCAUUUGAACUUGGCUACAAGACAAUCCCAAAGUAAUAAUAUUUUUUUUAAAGAAUAGUUUUGAAUAUUUCUCAAAAUUUGGUAUUCACAUACUAUACCAUAUUUGCACAUGAGUAAAAAAGCUGUAAUCUUAUUAGACCAUCUUAGACAACUGUAGCAUCACUGUAUUGCAAAAGAUAAAGUAAACAUGAUAAUCAAAUAAACAUGAUUAUCAAAGGAAUCAAAGUAAACAUGGAGCUGUAAAUGUCUGAGAUUGUUAAAAGAUGUGUCUAUUAUAAUGGGUUCUAUUGCUUUUCCCACCUUUACAUCUCUGAAGAAAAUUAUUAUUUCUACACAAUACUUGUAUGUGAUGUACCGUAAGACUGACAUUUUAAAAUGCAUGUUGCUAACGCUUUAGCAGCAUUUUAUGUGCUAGUCCUCUCUUUUAAGAUGACUAAGAAUUUCUCCUUAGAGUUACGUAAUACUGUACUUUUUGGCCUUGCUAUCACAGAAAAAGCAUCAUAAUGUUGUUGGAGAUCAUCAUCCUUGGGUUCCACUACCUUGUAUCGCUCUCUCUCUCUCUAUCUACACAGUAGCUGUCUCAUGCUCCUCAGUCCAUUGGUUAAUCCUCAUGUUUAGAGCUAUUCUUUGCCUUCUGUGUGCCUCAUCAAAUGGUCAAAAUCCUCAGGUCCUUAAGAAGCCUUAACUUAUAUGUAUAUCAGAAACAUUAGGUGAAUAAAACUAUGAAGCAGCUGCGGUGAUGCUUAUAUGCUGCUGUGUUGAUAGAUGUUGUAUAUGGUUGGGAUUGAAAGGGGGGAAUUCUUUGUGCAAUGCUGAGGUUACUGAGGUUAGUCUGAGUGGCAUUCUUUUGUUUCGCAUGGAAUAUUGGCAAUAUAUGAUGCCUACUGCAUUUUUAUAGAUGUGUAUUCUUAAUAUAAGACAAUGCUGCUGAUCAUUUCCUUUUCCCAUAGUCUCCUGAUGCCAUGUGGGACUGCUGUGCUGCAUACAGUGUGUAGCACAAAGAUCUGUAUGUAUCUUGUAAUCCAGAUAAGUAGUUUGUAUUACUUUGAAGAGGAGUCUACUGGGGUCUCAGAAUCCUGCAAUCAAGAAGGGUGUAAUACCUGUAUACCGUUUUGUACACUUCAUGUCAUUUAUAUAAAGAUCCUUUCUAAAGAAAUGAUUUAUUUGCAUUUUAUGUAAUAACUGUUUCAUACUGUAGCUAACUGUUGCUCAGCAUGACUGUACUUUGUCCUAUCCUUUCUGUUCACCUGCAAAUUGAGUGAAUGGCUUUGAGAACUUGCAAGGUUUAAUGUCUAUACUCUGUCUCAGCCCCUCUACAUGAGGAUUCUCUCAUUCGCAGUUUGUUGUUUAUACUGUGUUAAUAAAGAUCACUGAUUUAUAGAACAA